AUGUCCUCCCUUUCAGAAUACGCCAUACGAAUGGCUCAUCUGAGUGCCCAAAUAUUUGGAGAAGUUGCCAUCCCCACCGAUUCCAAAUCCAUGAAAGUAGUGAAGUUGUUUAGUGAACAGCCUUUGGCCAAAAGGAAGGAGACGUAUGACUGGUAUCCCCCUCACAACACCUAUUUUGCUCUAAUGAGGAAACUCCGUUUCUUUGGUCUUUACAGAGAUGAACAUCAAGAUUUUAAGGAAGAGCAAAGGCGACUAAAGAAACUUCGUGGAAAAGGCAAGCCAAAAAAAGGAGAAGGGAAAAGAUCAGCUGCAAAGAAAUAAUAUUGAACCAAUCAGUGACU